AUGGAGUUGACACCUACUGUCAUGGUGGCAGGGCCGCCUACUGCGGAUCCCGCAUCCGAGGGCCUAGAUGCGCUGACGCCGGUCGGGGACCCUGUCGAAAGUGAAGAGGAUGAGUCUAUGUUCGUACUAGACUACAUUGACCUGGCCGGCGAGAACGAGGAGGACGAACCCAUGUCUGUGGAUGACCAAAACGACGGAAACGCCGACGAGAACGAGCACAACGACAAGACCGUGGUCGUGAACGACGCCAAAGCUACGUCUCAACAACCCCAGGACUCUGGAUCGGAAGCGGAAGACCCAUACGAACUAAUAUUUAUCCUGGAGGAGGAGGUACCCGAGGGGGCCCGGAAGCGAAUGCAGGAAAACGCCAAAACGAGAAAGCAGGGGGACGGUCAACGCGUAAAGCGCGAGCGGGAGGAUGAUGAAGAAGACGAAGACGGCAGCGACGAUAUCCAGAUCAUCGAGAAGAGUGAGCUUUCAGCCGAAGCUUUGAGGCGAAUCAAGGAGCCCCGACUUCCGAGCCUGAAAAAAGAGGGCCAGACGAACCAGACAUGGCAUCAGCAACACGACAGAACGCCGGCAGCCAUCGUAAUUGACGACGAUGAGCUGCAAUGGGUCAAGACGUUGCCUCGGACAAGCAUCCCUAGCACGAUCAUCGAGAUCAAAGAGGAGGAUGGUGGCCGCCAGGAAUCGAUGAUCAAAGCGGAAGAAGGCACUAGCUCGUCCGGAGGCAAGGGAAAAGCCAAGGCAGAUGGUACAUUUACCCCGGUCGAUGGUGUUGAGCAGGCGUUAGCCGCAAACUGGGGCGGGAGCAGCGCCAAGACCGUGAUGAUGAGGUACCUCCGCCAGACCAGCAAACUCCUGGAGCUGGAUGCUCGGGAGAAAGAAUCGGGUGCAGUGGAGGUGGAGACGUUCGAGACUCGCGCCAACCUUCGCAAGAAAGUCGCCGAGACUGAAAUCGAGGUCAACCGACUCCUGGCCAAUCGGCAAGAGAAUCCGGAUGAUGAGGGUGAGGAUGAUGGUUCGGACACUGAGAACCCCGACGAUCCUGACUACGUGGAUCAACCCGCCGGGUCCGCGCCAGCUCCCAGAAGGCCACGAGGCAGAGCAAAUGAGGGAAGGCCAGCAACCAGGAAGCCGCAGUUUGUGGCAAGGUCGGCCAAGGAGUGGUGGGCCCGACGGUACGCCAGGUCCGAGGAGAAGGGAAGGAAGGAGACGGAUGUGGUUCCGGAUCUCUUCCACGCGGGCAGCCGCGAGAGCGCAAACGGAGGCAAAAAGGGCAAGCGUGCAGCCGAGCCCACGGAUGCCAGGGACAGGCAGAUGCUGGACAUGCUGAGAGACCAGGACCCAGUCGCGGCCCGCGCCGCACUCGGCGACAUCCCCAUGCCCGGCGCCAUAACCACGACCAAGAAGAACGAGCUCUUCGAUGCCAUGAGGGAGGAGGCGGCCAACAACGCCAAGCCGAAGACGGUCGAGGAGGAGAUGAAGAUCCUGAGGAGGGCCUCGGCAUCCUUUGGGCGCGAGAGGUGCAAGGCAGCGGCCGGCCUCUGGGAGCUCAGGUGGAUGAAGAGCCGCCUCUACCACCACCAGCUCGUGGGGGUGCACUGGAUGCUCGGCAGGGAGUUCUCCCCCUCGGGCCCCCACGGCGGCAUUCUCGCCGACCAGAUGGGCCUGGGCAAGACGGUCGAGAUGCUGGCCGUCAUCACGCACAACCCGGGCAAGCCCACGCUAAUCGUCGUGCCCGCGGCGGCGGUCUCGCAGUGGCAGGAGGAGAUCAGGAAGCACGUCGAAGCGAUGCCCGUGUUUGACGAGCGCAACAACAGAACCAACAGCAAGCCGCUCAGGGUGUUCCAGUACAAGGCGAGGGGGCCCAACAACGACAUCAACCAGUGGAGCGACGCGGACAUCGUCCUCGUCAGCUACCAGGAGGUGGCCAGAGCGUACCCGUCUGAGGAGGCCCUGCGGCGCAUCUCGGGCAUGGGCCUGGAGGGAGACGAAUGGCGCAGGGAGAUGGACAAGCAGCUCGGCCAGCUGUACAAGGUGCAGUUCCACAGGAUCGUGCUGGACGAGGCCCACGCCAUCAAGAACAUCAACUCCCGAACCUCCAAGGCCUGCAUCCAUCUCCCCGGCAAGUAUCGAUGGGCUCUCAGCGGCACGCCCAUCCACAACAGCAUCGAAGAGCUGCUUCCUUACUUCAAGUUCCUCGGCGCCGACUGGGCUCUCAGGGAUAUGGAAAAGUUCUCCAAGAAGUACGGUCGCAAACCAUGGCAGGACAAUCUCAACGCUCGUCUUGUUGCCAUCGUCCCCACGCUGAUGAUCCGCCGGCGCGUCGACGACAAGUUCGUGGGGCAGGAUCUGCUUCGGAUCCCAAAGACGAACCAGCCCGUCAUCAUCAAGGUGGACCUUUCCGUGGAGGAGCGCAUCAUAUACAAGCGGGUGGAGCAUCGGUUCCGGGACAAUAUCAGCAAUAGCAUGAAGACGGAUGCCGAAGACGGCCAGGGCCAUGGGCAGAAGAAGAUGAGGACUUACUUUGCGUACCUGACCCGGCUCCGCCAGCUGGUUGGCCACCCGUUCCAGAUCGAGACGACUAUGCGCGUCGACUUCACCCUCGAGGACAUCAGGCACGUCCGCAUGGAGCUGGCCCAGCUCGGCGGCCAGACGCCCCUGUACAUGCAGAUCCGACGCUGGAUGGACACGGAGGAGGACCGCAAGCGCAGGGAGCAGGAGGAAGAAGUCGGCUUCGGCAGCGGCGGCUUCGGCGGGCUGUUCAACAUGGACAGGCAGCUGUCUCGCAUCGAGAGCGAGAAGCAGCUGGCCGACGUCAUCUGCCGCAUCUGCUACGAGCUGCACGAUGAGGAGACGAGGAUCACCGAGUGCGGCCACGCCUUCUGCUUCGAGUGCAUCCAGAACCUGGUCGAGGACGCCGGGCGCCGGGGCAGGCAGGCAAAGUGCCCCGCCUGCUCGGCCAUCAUCACGAGCCACGUGGUCCUGGGCAAGGAAAUGUCCGGGGCGGGCCUGGGCGGCGAGAUCAACGAGCCGGCGGGCCGCGACGGCGGGCGACGGGGAGACGGCAAGCCGCCGGCCAAGAAGGCGCGCAAGGAAAAUGGACUUCCCGGAAAGGGCUCCGACUUUUACGGCGUCGAGCUGCGGAAUACGACCACCAAGAGCGCCACCUUCCUGAGGAUCGCCGAGAUGAAUGAGAAUGCCGUCCUGCCGGCCAGUGCCAAGACUACGGCGGUCAAGCGCAAGAUCAUCGAGUGGCUGAAACACUACCCCAACGACAAGAUCAUCGUCUUCACACACUGGGUCAACCUGGCGCAGGUCAUCGGCCACAUGCUCAACUCGGAGCGCAUCGGCUUCCUCUACUACUUCGGCGCGCAGUCCAUCUUCGCGCGGCGCAACGCCGUGGCCGAGUUCAGCAAGGACGACACGCCCGUGCGGGUGCUGCUGGCGUCGACAAAGUGCGGCGGCCAGGCCCUCAACCUCACGGCCGCCAACCGCGUCAUCCUCGUGGACCUGUGGUGGAACAGCGCCGUCGAGCAGCAGGCCUUUGGCCGCGUCCACCGCAUCGGCCAGACAAAGGAGACGCACUUCGUCAAGGUGGUGGCCCGCAACACCAUCGACGAGCGCCUGCUCGACAUGCAGAACGAGAAGGACGUCAUCAUCGGCCGCACCAUGCGCGACGGCCAGUCGCUGACCGAGACGGAGAUCCUGCGCCUGUUUGGCGCCGAGGACGACAAUGUCGAGGGCCAGGAGGAGGGGGGCGAGGGUGACGACGAGGCCGGCGGAAGCAGCAGCAACAAGGUAAAGGGAAAAGCAAAGGCCAAGGCCGGGGCAAAGGCCAGGGCGAGAGGGCGGCUGCGGGACGUCUGCGACGACGACAUCGACAGGGGCGAGAUCCUGGCCGAUUCGGACACGGAGCCCGACACCGAGGCCAGGCAGAGGAAGCCGGGCAAGGCAGCACCGAGAUUCCAGCCCUACGGCGAGCGCGACAGUGGCGAGGGCUCCAGCGGGGCCGCGGUCAUGCAUGGUGGCGGCAGCGAUGCCGGCGACGAGGUCGUGGCCGACGCGGUCUGGGACGAGCACGCCGACAUCGAUGACGAGACCAUGCAGAACCUGCUGCUGCAGGCGCAGCUCGCGGGCGACGCGUCCUCGGUGACCGAUCACGGGGAGAAUGAGCCGCUCGAGGAGGAUGAUGAUGAGGAGGACGAGGACGAUGACGAUGACAUGGACGUCGCCCACGGGGAAGAGGCCCGGGGCGCCGCGGCGGGCUCGACGCCUCAUCCCGCCGACGAUACGGCUGCCCCCGCGCCUGCCUGGGUGGAUGCCGACGUGGCCAUGCAGGACCAAGAGUUGCGCCAGCCCGUCGCGAUGGGAGAGGAAGAGGGCGAGAACGCGGCCGAGGACGUUGACAUGGAGCAGGAUUCUGGCCACCAGGUCGAUGGGCACUACGACGAGCAGCAGUACGGCGAGGACGAAAAUUAGAACGUCUACUAACCCGGUCGUCGACUGCUACCUCGUUCAGCAUGUUUGGUUUGUAUGGCGCGUUCCAGCGUCGACUUCUCUUUUAUCUUCACAUCUCGAUUCACAAGACCACCACACUCCACUACUAUCCCUUACUCUUUACACCCCAUUUCAACCGAUAUUGCGCAUGAGCCUACAAGAUUUACCAAAGAUUUCCCCAGUUUCUGUUUCGUUUGCGAGAACCAGUAAAGGCAAGAAAGAGGAGAAUCGUCGCCCAUGGAAAGAGUCCAAAAAAGGAACUCGGGAAAAGCAUCGAGCAAAAGAGCAUGUCAAAAACCAAAAGAGGAGCAGGAAGCAGGAAGCAGGAAGAAAUGCGGAUAUCCCACAUGGAUUCUUCUCAAUUAGGUAGAUAAGCUAUCAUAGGUAGUCCUACAAACCGCGGAGGAACUCAUCAAGCGUGAUGGGCUUGCGCA